GACAAAGUGACAGAUGUAAUUGAUAACCGCUGAUUGAAUGCACAGGAGGCUCAUAUGAAUGCAAUAUCUGUGAAAGAUUUAACAGGAAAGUAAAUUUUCACCAUGAAAGAAGUAGUGUUUUAUUACGAUGUCGUUUGCCCAUUCGCCUACAUGGCGAGCAGACUCAUAGAAGGUGUUGCAAGCCGAAACGGGGCUAAAAUUCUGUGGAAACCUGUUCUGCUAGGUAAUACAAGCCACUUACAAUUUCCUUGAGUGUCUUGAAAUGGUUUCACGAGCUAUCUUUACUUACAUUUGAUAUAUACGUGUAGGGCGAGCUAUUAGGUUUUUGUUCUUAACUAUUGGUAGCUUGGCUGAAGUUCUUUGUUUAGAUAUCCAUACUGAUCAAAUUACCGCUGAAGAUCGAAGCAUGAUUAUAAGACUAGCUGUGAACUGUUCCGUUUAUAAUUAGAAAUAAUUAGACCACCUACCUGGAUGCAGAGUGUUAUAUCCACUCACCCCUUUCAUACGCCUCCAAAUUUAAAGAUCAAAUAUCCUUCCUAGUAAGCUUAAUCAUAUUUUUUGUAACAUGGCAAGCAAGGAUGACUUGUAAAUACCUCUUUAGUAAGCUUUCUCAAGAACUGCUUCUUUGACUAUUUUCCUUUUGUUAGGUGGCCUGUAUAAGGGAACACAGGCACCCCAAGGUGCAGCAGGAUCUGCUUAUGACUCUAUGAGUGCGGCUAAAAUUAAGAUAUUAGCAGAUGGUAAUAAAAUUUUCAAUUUUUACAUGAAUAUUAUGAAUGCCUGACUAUUGGUACUACAAAUUGUACUGAAUUGGUGAAACAGUCAGUCAUCAAAUAUAUAAUAAAAUUAGCUUUGUUCAAGUCUUAAUACAAUUAUCACCUUCAUACUAAUUGAGGCACUCUAUAAAUAUCUGAAUGAAUAGAAAACAAAAUUGUUAAAAAAUCCUAAUUGAGGAGGCAAACCAUUACUUCUUUCUUGAAAUGAGUCCUGGAUUUUUUUUUCUACAACAUCUUAAAUUGCAAUUCACCUUUGAGGAUCUUUUUUUCUCUCGGUAAAUUGAAGUAAUUAUAGUUUUUUCUUGAUCAGUAGAACAAACAGAUUCCAUGUGUUCAUGCAUUGGUUCUGUAAUAGAUCACAGAUGAUGUCAAAAUGUGGAAAAAACAAAAAAGUGAUAUGUCACAUUUUGGUGUGUUCUGUGAUCUUUUACUAUCCAGACCCGCUGCAACAUAGAAUCUAUUUGUUUUGUACUAUAAUAGAGUGAAUGUUGUCAAUGUUGACAUUAUCUGUGUGCCUGGCCUCCAAUAGAUCAUGAGUAAGAACCAAUCGAAAUCCACUUGUUACUCAGGGUAAUUAAAUAUUAUCAAGUUGAUAAUUGUCAAAUUAAGUAUCAGUUAUUGAGUUGAUAAAAUAAAUUGGCCCUGGUAAAGAGUUACAAAGCUGACAUUUCAAGCAUUAGCCCUUCAUAAGAGCAGAUUCAUUUGUUCUUAUGAAGGGCUAACACAGUACCACAGUUUUAUUAGAAACUUACCCCCUUAUGUAUUUGUUACACAGAUUUUUGUAUAAGCUAUUCUAAAGAAAUGUUUACAUAUUUCAGAUUUAAAGAGAUCAAAACUUCACUAUGGGAUUGAAGGGACAGCUCCAUCUGAGCAUCCAAUAAAGACACUGAAUCCAAUGCGUCUCUUAGCUGCAGCAGCCCAUGCAAAUCAAGAUGUGUGUGUCCCAUUAACGCAUAAGCUUUUUGCUGCAUAUUGGGUUCAAAACAAAGGUGGGUUGUUUCCAUUCAUCCUUUUAACAGGUGUCAACUAUCCACACAGUCUGCCAUAUAUUUUUACUUAAAAUUUAAACUUUAAGAAUUUGGUGCAGAAUCUGACAAUUUCUCUUGAUUGCAUUUUUUUUUGUCUCCUUUCUGAUUCAAAUUGUAUUGUACUGCAAGAAAAAAUUCCUAUUUGGAAACAGUCAGUUUAUGAUGUGUAACCCUUUUACUCCCAUGAGUGACCAAGACAGAAUUUCUCCUUACAAUAUCAAUACAAUACCAAGUAGACAAUUAAGUGAUGAGAAUAAAGAAAAAUAUUCAAUAGGAGAUUAACAGUCACUAUGAACUCAAAACCCAUGAAAAUCUUGUGAAAUAAUUCAUUGUAAAUUCACAGAUUUUUCACAGGAUUUUCAUGGUUAAAUCAAUGACAUUUUCAUGGUCUCAGUGCCAUGAAAAAGACCUGAAAAAUCCCAUGAAAAACCUGUGAAAAUUUCCAUAUUCACGACCCAUGAAAUAUUGAGUAAAGUGACCUAGAAGCCAUGAAAUACCCAUGAAAAUGGCAUUUCAUGGCCUUUUCAAAGGUACUGAGAAACUCAUGAAUUUCAAGCCCAAAAUUUCAUGGUGUCAAAGUUCACUAGUUUUUAAUGGGUUGCAGCAAAUCAUGACCCAUGAAUAUCCUGUGAAUAUGUUAAAAAUUCAUUGACCAUGAAAAUUUUCCUUGAAUUUUCAUGGCCUCUACAUGGUUUUUCAUGGCACAUGAAAGUUAAUUGCCAGUUAGUUUUCAUGGGGUUGUUAGGAAUAUGCAAGCACCAUGGAAAUUCUUUGGAAACCCUAUGAAUUUGGAAUUAAAAAUUCUUCACUUUUCUUGUACCAAAGACUGUACUACAGCAUAUAGCUUGCAGUAUACCAUAACUGUAAUACAUACACCAUCACUUAAUUUAUACACUGAAGAACUAACCUAUCUGUGAAACUUCUUGGUCCUGUUGUACAAGCACACACACAUGAAAGAAAUGACCAGAAGUCUGGAUUCUCUGAUAGUUUAUUUUGUUUCACCAGCUGUACAUAAAUAUUACUUUAGGAUUCCAAAAUUGUGAUAAUUCAGUUUACACUUUCUUAAAUAAAAAAAGUUGGUAUGAAAUUUUCUGCAUAAAAUUAAGAUGUUAAUGAUUUUUAGCUCUAUUUUGAUAUCACUGAUUUUCCUUGUGGAGACAGAUUCUGCUCCUAUAUUUCUUUUUAUUUAAACUAUUUUGAAGGUAUAUUAUAAAUAAAUUUGAUGUGAAAAAUAUUUGGACGAAAUUAUUGAAAAUAUACUCACUGGUUUGAUGUAUUUUUGUCUAAACUUCAAAUAUCAUUUCCUUCGUCUAAUAUCAUGUGUAAAAUGUUAUGGACAGUUAUUAUAAUGUCUAUUUAUGUAACAGCAUUCAUGUAAAUUUCUUGAUAUGUUUUACACUUGUGAUCAAUACUCUCAAGGUAACUAACAACAAAACAAUUACCAAUUUUCUGCACUCUUGCAUGUGUGAAGAUAUAUCUAUGGCUGACUAUGGCAGUGUCUAUCUGUUUUGGCCACCUGAAUGUGCCAUCCUUCUUUCUGUUAUCAUUACUAUUUGCAUCUUCAUCAUCAUUUGGACCAAGAUAGGCUGCUUUAGCAAGUUUGCAUUUCCUUUCGUCAGUUUUGUAGACCAACACUCUUCACUGUUUGCAAAAUAAAGGGAGCACAUCAUCAGUUAUCUAAGAGCCUUUCUUAUGUACGUAGUAAACCUAAGUGAGGUGAGGUAUUUCGUAUUCAGAAUUUGACUGUAUUUUUUAUUCCUAAGAACGGUCGUAAGUAUUUCCAUACAAACUCUUGUAAUGUUUCGCCAGAUGAUCACAGAAUAAAAAUUUCAAGUUUAAUCAAUAGUUAGCGCGCGCGCUCCGAUGUUUACGCGUAAUAAGAUGACCAAGCUUGAACUUACCCCUUCACGUUGUAAUACAUGUCGAUAACUUCAUCUUGAGGAAACCUCUUUGAAAAAACUUUUCAGACGGUCCAUUGCGUUGAUCUGGAAAAAAAGAGACUGCUACACAAACGCUACGAGAAAUGCAGUUGGAAUGGAACCAUUCCGUUCGAGGUACGAAAAAACCGCCACUUCUUCGUAAAUCACGUGUACUUUCACGUGGUGACCUUAGGUCAUCGCAGCCAUCAUAGGUCAGCGGUCACAUAGUGACCUCACAGGUUAUCGUGUUCGACGUUACGAAAUGACUCCGAAGAGGUCUCGUUGCUGUGUCUGUAAUCUUACAAAAUAAAGCAGCACAAAAAGCUGUUCGGUAUUUGGAAUUCGAAGCAAGUAACAAUCGACAGGACAUCAGAGUCCAAGAAAGUCAGAGCUGACAUCGAAAGUGAUUCCUGUGAAAGCGAUCACGAAAUCAACAACGAUGUUGUAGAAGGCAAUCUCAAUGAAUACAUGAAGGUAACGUUUCAUCCCGACUGAGAAGAUGGCCUGACUCUGUUAACCGGCGAUUCUAUGAACGAGGUGAAAAUAGCAUUUUUUUCAGGUUACAUUUGCACACUAUUCAAAGUUCCAAAUUGAGGUGACAAAGUGAUUGAUUUUCAUUGUUUUGUUCCACAUUUCGUGUAGAUGCAAUGCGUACUAUUGCUGUGCAAUUUAAGCAUCUGUACUCUGCAGCUGCCUUACGGGAAAAGCCCUAGAAGAUUCCUCAGUCGUAAGAAUGUAAGAGAAGGCCUUGAACAGGUUUCCAGAGUCAUGGCUAACAAUCAAAGCCAGCAGUGAGGCAGAAAAAAAGUCAACAAAGUCGUCCAGGCAUGGCGAAGGCAAAAACGCCCCAAAAAAUCAAAGUGAGGAUCAAACAUCUGGGUCAUUGCCUCCAGCCCCAUUUGUCUCAACAAAGGAGCAAAUUGAAGAUCCAUUGUUUUUAGUCAUUGUUUUGUGAUUUCCUGUACAUUUUACGUUAACAAAGGCCACUUAAGAUGUUUAGGGACAUUUUCAUUCGACAGUUUUCGCGCUGUACACCAAAAUUCCAUCAGUGGAUAAAUUUAUAACAAGUCAGUUCCACGGAUCAUGAAAGUCAGCUCGUUGAUAAAUCAGUGACUGUGAUGAACUCAUUAAUACCACUUUUAAUGGCCUAUGGAUUUAUCAAUGAAAUUCAUGGGCAACAGAUUUCAGGGAAUAUUCAUGGCCCAUUAAUUUUGUUCUCCCAAAACAAAUAAAUUGUUAGCCCAUGAAAUGCUGUUUGAUUGCAAUUCAUGGGCAUGAAAUUCAUUCUGAUGACUUUCUGGGGAAACUAAUGGGUCAUGAAAGUAGACUUUGAAGAAAUUCAUGGGUCAUGAAAGUAGGCAUAUAAAGAAAUUCAUGGGUCAUGAAAUUAAUUCUGGUGACUUUCAUGGCAAAUCAAUGGGUCAUAAAAAUAGACUUUGAAGAAAUUCAUGGGUCAUGAAAAAAAUUCUCCUAAUUCAUGGAAAAUUCAGGGCUAAAAAUAACCCCAUGAAAUUUCAUUUUGCAGUAUUCAUGGGCCAUGAAAUGAUCUUCAUGGGUUUUUCACAUGAAAUUCAUGGAAUUUUCAUAAAACUACAGUUCAUAGUGAGUUGAUCCAAUACCAAAUUCUCCUAACAACUAACAGCAUAAGAUUUGUAUAGCAGAUGAUACAGUGUAUAGGAGAAUUACAAAUGAGAUCUUGAGAGUGAAACAGUUCAUGUAUAAUUUCAUUUUCCAAAAAUAUUUUGAGAAAAGGGCUCCUCAGCCUUUUAAAAUUCAUUCUUUGCCUCAAUUUCUCUAUUUGACACUGAGCGGUAUGAUAGUCAAUUUUGCAGUUGCAUGCCUUUGAAUAGGAGUGAAGCUAAAGUUGACCUUGUAAUGAUACAAACAUUGUCGCUUUUCACAUGUAAAUUACUGUUAUAAUGCUAACCAGAUAUGGGUCUCUAUCACAACAUUGUCACCUUCAGCCUCAUUCCAAAUGAAAGGCUAAUGGCAACUAAGGAUACAACUGUAAAAUGGCUUAUUGUUAAAUAAAUACUGGAAAAGCUUCUUAAUUUUGCAUACUUUCAGCCAGUUCCUUAGAUUAUAAAUAAAUACUUUUUAUGUAUUUUAGAUGUGCGAGAGAGCAGUGUUUUACAAGAAAGUGCCUCAUCAGUUGGCUGGAAAGUUGACAUUGAUGAGAUGAUUGGUGGAUUGGGGAAAGAGAAGCUUCUGCAGAAUACCCAGGAGGCUUUAGACAGAGGUUCCUUUGGUGUGCCCAGGUUUGAAGAAAUACUCAAAGCAUUAUUCUGUGACAAGCUUCAUUUUGAUAAUGAAACAGUGGAGUGGAGUGUAGUCUAAAAAUUAUGAUCUCUAUGAUAAAGAAAAAACUUGCAGAAACAUGAGUACAUGUAUGUGAGUGAUCCAAUAAGGCCAAAAACCAAGGGCUAGUGCAGUAUGGGAAACCAUAUCUGUAGUAUCCAGUCCACUGCUCUGAAAAUGGUAGUUCAGUUUGUGCAUGCAUAUACAGUUUUGAAAAAAAUAGAAUGCCACAUGUUUGUAGUUAGCAGGAAAUUUAUUUACUAAAAGAGUGCAGUUGUUAUGAUAUCUAUCCUCAGUUAGUAACUAAUAAUUACACUUAACCCUUUAACUUCCAAGAUCCGAUUAGUAUUUCUCCUGACUAACUGCCUAAGAAUUCCUUCUAAAUUAGAUAAGUGAAUUCGGUCUUAUAUCAAGAUAACACAAGGUAGAUGAGCUUGUCUGUUCUCAUAAAUUGUUUCCAAGAUCAUGUAUCAGAAUUGCAAUAAGAAGUUAAUCACUUCUGGCAGUUAAAGGGCUAAGCUUGUUUACCCUAAUUUAACAAAUACUACAUACAAAGGUAUCAAUUGAAAAUAUAUUCUUCUCUGACUGCUUCUUUCUCCAGUUUUUGGGUGAACAAUGAACUCUUCUUUGGAGUGGAUCAUUUACAUUUUGUAGAGAGAGCUUUGGGAAAUAAAUCAGCUGCCCCACCAAGGUUUCAUCCAACCCCUACUGAACCCAGAAAAUCUAAACUGACAAUCUACCAUGAUUUCUCCAGUCCUUGGAGCUAUAUUGGUUCAACACAGGUAAUGUUAUAAUUGCUCUAUAAGUAAUGGUAAUAACAUGAUUUCAAGUGCAAUUUAUAAUGGUAAUAGGACGAAGUGGAGUUCAAUUCGUUCUGUAAUCAUAGGUCAACUGAUUAACAAAAUUGUGGAGGUCCAAUUUGUUCAUCACAAGUAUGAUUACAGACAGAAUUGGAUGACAUGAAGUCCUGUUACCAAUUAAGCAAAACUAUGAUAAAAUUUGAAAGAGAAACUAGACCUCAGUUAUAUGCUUGCAUAAAAGAAAAACAGCAGUUAACUUGGCAAAAUGGGAGACAACAGCCUGCGCAGAUGAGGAGUUCUGUCCACUUCAACAGUCAUCAUGUUUUAACUGCCCCCAAACGGUCCAAUUACACUGUCCAAUUACAAGCAUGAUGUGUACACUGUCCUAUCAGAGCCUAAAUCGGGUUGGUGAUAACCAAUCGCAUUUGAGAAUUUUGUUAAAGUUUUGAUUAGGUUUAGAUAGGCACAAAUAAAAUUUUCAAAGACAAUAAUUUGAAGUCUUGAAAAAUUUACAAGUGCUUAUUUACACCUAAUUGCACUGGAAAUCAUGUUAUUACUUUUUAAUAAUUUACAUGAAAAAAGCAUCACAGAAAGUCAAGAUGGACUAAAUUUAGACAGUGGGAAAGUGCUUUUUGUAACUUGCACUCAUGUUACAACUUUGCACUUGUAUUACAUGAAAAACACACCUGUUGUCAGCCAAUCAGAAGUGUGUAAUUUUUUCAUAGUAUUUUUACAAGUGGAAGGGGGAGUAGAAGAAAAUGUCACAGUGGAUGCACAUACGAACCCAUAUAAAAAGGCUGUGCCUUCACAUGUGAAUUGUGGGCAACCUUUAGCCCCUUGAAUACUAGAUUUGAAAGCUAAUAGCUGCCCAAUUUUUGAUAUUGUGUUUCAUUCUUAGACAGGUCUGAAAAGUUAGUGUUAGGUAAAGAAAAGUAUCUCCCAGUUCAACAUGAUAUUUUUUUGAAUUCUCAUAACUUUUAUGUUGGACAGUGUCUGGCUGGAGAAUUGCAAAGAUAGUUUGGUUGCUAAUAACACCUGUUUUUCUUUUCUUAAUAAUGAUAAUAAUAAUGAUAAUAUUGAUGAUGAUGAUGAUGAUGAUGAUAACAACACCUACAAACCAGAGGGUUUAAAUACUACUCUUUUGUGAUGCAGACCUUAAUAGUCAGGGUACAUCUCAGAUUCAAUCUUGCAGAACCAUUUUCAAAUUUUCAUAUAGCAAUUUUAUUGAGAGAAUAUUGUUAUAAGCAUUGCACACUAUUUAUUCUAGUUGCAGUCAAUUUUUCAAAUUAAGAAAAUGACUAUUUCUUUAUAAUGAAGAUUUCCAAGUUGCUGACAGAAGUUCAUCCAGUUUCAGUUGAGGUUGAAUGGGUGCCAAUUUCGGUUGGAGCUUUGUUUAAGAUGAUAGGAACACCAGUGGUAAGGAACUACAAUCAAUUUUAGUACCUUAUGUGUGUGUCAUUGUUUAAUCCAACUCGUGAAUAUGUGUUAUUGGUCCGUUUAUUUUUCAUUCAUUUUCUUCUCGGACUGAGAUGGGGUUGAGGUCUUAAAAAGGGAAAAACAAGCAAACCAAAAAGCUAACAUCUAGCCAUCUUGACUAACACUGAGCAAAACUUGGAAAAUCAAUAAUUUAAUCUAACAUGAGAGAAAAAGAUCAGUGCAACACAUUGUCAAAUAAACGCUCACAACUUGGAUGUUUUCUUUGUUUCAAUUAUCUUGUUACAAAAUGCCAAAUCUUUUUUCUCAUUUAUAAUACCAUGUUGCUUAAAACAACAGGUAAUGAAAAAUUUCAGCUGGUUACAAGCACCUAUUAUUUUUAUUAAAGAAAUAAGGUGGGCAAUUGCAAGCAGGGAAGAUGGGCACUAAGGUAGUCAAUCAAACUGGCUUCACCUUGCUAGCCGGCGGAGUCAGCCAUUUGAUAAAUAAACAUAAUGUCUUUUUUAUCUGUGUAUGAGUUCUUUUUCUAAAUGAUACUUUUGUCCAAUAUCACACCUUGAAGGUAAGAAUUUUAAACUUAUGUAUUUCUUUAGGCAGUUUUUCAUUACAAAUCUGAAGUUGGGGUGACUGGGGAAACACAUUCCUUUUUCAGUGUCUCUCAAAACUCUGGAGUGAAUUUGUGUGAUGUUAAACCUUCCUGGGGAGGAAAGAAGGGUGGAAGGGAGAAAGGAAGGAAGAAGUCCCUGAUGUCCCAUACAGAGUUAACUAUUUGGACCAAUAAAUUUUAUUAAACUCUUCCACGAUAUUGUUCAUUUUCUCAUUCAACAAAACUUUGAAGGUUCCGAUGCGAACGCUCAGUGAAGCAAAGAGAGAAUAUGGAAACAAAGACCUACAAGAUUGGGCAAAAUAUCGUGGGAUUCAGUUCCAAUUUACAUCCCACUUUCCCAUUCGUUCCAUUCUUCCACUGAGAGUGACGCUAGCAAACCCAGAUGACCGACUACGACAAACUAUGUGUGAGUGGUAAAACCGCAGGCCCUGCAUAGUUGCAAGACCUUUUUGUUACUCAGCGACAAGGGCCUGAGAUGUUGGGCUCAGAAUUAAGAUACUGGACAUAAUCAUUGCUUUAUGUUUUUCUUCAGACUUACUUGUGUGGAUGAUUUGCCCUUUGAAUAAACUCAAUCAACAUAAAGUUUUCUCAGAAUGGAGAAUGUGCGCACGCCUUAAUCCUGUUUUUCUUUCCUUCGCUUUCAGAUGAAGCAGGGUGGCGGUAUGACAGGGACAUUGGUGAUCCUAAGGUGUGGUCUUAUUACGCACGUAUUUAAACCUCCAUUGUAAAUUACCUUUUCUCGUUCAAAACUUCUAAAUUUCGUAUCAUUUUGGCAUUAAUUCUUUCGAAAUUGCUGUUCCCAGCCUUAUGUAGGAUGUAUGUCACUCUAGAAUCUAAUAGGUAAAUGUAAGCUAUAUCGAGGCUAAAGUUCUCUUCAGUUCAGGUGGAUAACAUCCAACCACUUUUGUAGAGGUUCUUUGGCUUGACUCUCAUCCCGAUAGUUUUCUGCCCCAGUUACAACUGCAGGUAGCAUUUCUCCAUAGACAAGGGAUGUCACUAACGUAGCAAGUUAGCCAAUACAACACUUUCCCACUUUCUUAACAUUCAAUCGAAAGACCGACGCUCUUCACUUUUCCGUGGAAACCUUUUCCUCAGUCCCUUACCAUUACAAGUUACUUGCAAAUGUAACACAAGAAUUGAUCAACCAAAUCUCUUAGGUGAGGAACACUUCAAUCGAGUGUCGAAACUAAUAAAAUAUUGCAUCACUUUUUCUAACUUCGUUACGUAGUUUCCCCAGAAACCCCUAGAAACCUUUUACCAUCCUCAAUCAGGUGCAAAACUUGACCAAUCGCGACUUUGCAACUCGCGUCUUCCCGUGCUUCAAGGAGUGCACUGGUUUUUUUCUGUGAGCUUUCAUAAGCGCUUUGCGAUAUGUACCUGUACUGUGAUUGGCUAUGAAGUUGUGUUUACUCAGAUAUAGAAUUUACGACAAUCAAUCGAAAAAACGCUCUUACUGUAAGCAGACGGGCUAUGGGAGAUUCGCUUACUAUCAUCUUACUGGCACGCCAGAGCAUGCUAGGUUGUUUUUUGGUUAUGUAUUAUAAAUUUAGCUCCCCAAACGCGAAUAUCACAUGCAUCUUACGAGACUCCCUCAUAGCACGCCGAAACGGUUUGUCUAUGUAACUUUUGUUUCCAGGUUUUGUCUUCAGUUCUGACCGAAGCUGGGUUCGAUGGCGAAGCGUUGAUAGCAGCGACUCAAGAUCAACAGAUCAAGGAUCAAUUGCGGAAAAACACAGACAGGUGCGUGUACUUACACUAUUUUACCUGCACGUAUCAAUAAGUAAAGCGUUAAGGAGGAAAGAGAGGAACUUUUAAGUUAUCUGAACGUUUGUUUUGUAAAUGGGCAUCAGCUGAACAUUAUGCCCGGAGCUGAUCCAUCCAAACUUAGUCCAUGCUGCAGCUCUUUCCUCCUUCAUUAUUGUUGUUGUUAUUAGUACUCCCACCAUUAAUACCAUCAUCUCUCUUCUUCUUCUUCUCCUUCUUCUUCUUCUUCUUCUUCUUCUUCUUCUUCUUCUUCUUCGUGUUCUUCUUGUUCUUCUUGUUCUUGUUCUUGUUUUUGUUGUUGUUGUUGUUGUUGUUCUUCUUGUUGUUCUUGUUGUUCUUGUUGUUCUUGUUCUUGUUCUUAUUAUCAUCAUCAUCAUCAUCAUCGUCAUCAUCAUCAUUAUUAUCAUCCUCACUUUGACAACUUUUAAGCGUGGAGGAGCGGUUUAGUUAAAUAAGUAAUUUUCCUUUACCACGUUUCAGAGCCUUUGCCACCGGACUCUGUGGAGUUCCGAGCUAUCAAGUAAACGAUGGAUCCGUUUUGUGGGGUCAAGACAGACUUAAUGUUGUCGCCGACCUGCUUUGUGGUUGGGAAGACGACUUAAAGCCAUCCAACCAUAGCAAGCUUUAAACAGCGCGGUUGCUCUGUCCAAAACAGAAUAAAAACUCAUUGCUUAGCGUAAAGUUUAUGUUUUCGUUGAAGAUUUGAUCCUUUAGACUUAUGGCGCACAACUCAAGGACGAUAUCUAAGGAAACCAGCCGGCCAUUUCGAACAUUCAUGGACACUCCAUGGAAAGUCAAAAUGUUUUCAAAGAAAACAGUUUUGAUUACUAUUCAGCGCUGCAAUGUACACUUUCCUUUCUAUAGUAACUCAGAAAAUACGAUGUAAGAUAACUGAUUAUGCCGGCGUGAAAACCGUAACUAGAACGUUUCCAAGUUCCGGUGCCCUAUGUGCCUCUUUUCGUAUCACCCAGAUGUAUUCGGACGGUAUAUUUGAACACAUUUGAGGUAACUAUGUGAAGCAUUUAAAACAGUGCAACUCAAAAGACAAGCUUCAAUGGUUUUUUUCUAAAAGAAAAAGAAUAUCGGAUUAUUAAGCUUAUCAGUGGGAGGAAUUCGCCAUAAAGUCUGCUCACGAGACACGGCAACAACAACAACAUAUGUACGGUAUCACACUGUGCUACGGGGCAAAAAUACGAACGGAACGUUGGGAAACCAAAUGGUCACACAAAACGAAACUUCGGUUUUAUUCCAUUCUAUUGGACUUGACGUUUAAAGCAAGGAGCUUUCAAACGCAUGAUAAUCUUGUUUUGUUGGUGAUAAAAAAUACUUCAAUCAGUGGUUUCACUUUUAGUUUUUUCUCUCACGCUGGCUGCAUUCGAUCGAUACUAUGCUCAGAUAGACAAAAGGAUAUAUUUAGAAAAAUAGUGGCCAAAAUAAUCUAUAACGGGAAUAAAUAGUAGAGUAAUAAACGCCUUAUUCCGCAAGGGAUUAACACAUAAUACGAGUGGGCAUUUCGCUCAUUGCGCAACUCGCAAAAUACUCCAAGUAACAUUUGUUAAACCACCGAACAAGGUGUCUUAAUUUCCCUAUUGGGGUUACGCCUUACGUCGGCUGGCAAUUUUAAGUGUUCCUGUCUAAGUUGCAUGAUAUUUUUAUUAAAGAGCAAAAAAUAAGAAUACCAUGGAAAACUUGAGGUUAUUUCAUUGCUUUUGCUAUAGAUAUAGAUAAAUAGAGAGCUUUUAAAUUGCUGAAGCUAAAAAAUUAAACGAUAAAAAAUCUCGUCAUUGCAUAGAUUUGCUGUCGAUAUUUGCACAUGUACAUGGUAAAAGUUGCGAAAGUAGGGCACAUCUCUUACAAUCCUCUCGUGCGUACGAGUAAAAAUUCAGUUACCGCUGCGUGGCUCAAGUUAAGGAAGGCCAAAUAAUUGUCACUAUGAAAUUGCUGAAGUACAGCAAAUAGAAGUAAAAAUAGGCAAACUGCAGCUGUACGAGUCUUUGACUUAGGGAAGAAGUACGUGAAUGGGC